UGGAUGCACAUGGUGCUAAAAGGACUUCGGGUUCAAGAUGGUUACAGUGGCCCUGUUGCUCCAGUGCUGCCCAGUGCUUUCUCGGGGCUCCACAAGUCUCCUGGGAAAGUUGGUAAAGACUCACCAGUUCUUGUUUGUUGUUGGACGCUGUCCCAUCUUGGCGAAUCAAGGAAUAACCUGUUCUACAAUCCACCUUGAGGCCACCAAGGCUGGAGGAGCUAAUGCCCACUGCCCCUUCAUGCUGGCGGAACUCCAGGAAGGGAAGAGCAAAUUUGUGCAGAAGGCAGCCCCGGAAAUCCAGGAGGAUGUGAGGGCUUUCAAGAAAGGAAACCACUUCUUUGGUUACAAUCAAUUUUUCAGGAACAAGAUCAUGGAGAAGAAAGAGGAUCACACCUACCGUGUAUUCAAGACUGUGAACCGCUGGGCCGAUUCAUACCCCCUUGCCCAACAUUUCUCUGAGGCAUCUAUGUCCUCAAAGGAUGUGUCUGUCUGGUGCAGUAAUGACUACCUGGGCAUGAGCAGGCACCCUCGUGUCUUGCAGGCUACACAGAAUACUCUGAAGCGUCAUGGAGUUGGAGCUGGUGGCACCCGCAACAUCUCAGGCACCAGUAAGUUUCAUGUGGAGCUCGAGCAGGAGCUCGCUGAGCUGCACCAAAAGGAUUCAGCUCUGCUCUUCUCCUCCUGCUUUGUGGCCAAUGAUUCUACUCUCUUCACCCUGGCCAAAAUCCUUCCAGGGUGCAUCAUAUACUCAGAUGCAGGCAAUCAUGCUUCCAUGAUCCAAGGUAUCCGCAACAGUGGUGCAACCAAAUUCGUCUUCCGGCACAAUGAUCCUGGCCACCUGGAGAAACUUAUAAAAAAUUCCAACCCAGGGACACCCAAAAUUGUGGCCUUUGAGACUGUUCACUCCAUGGAUGGUGCCAUCUGCCCACUUGAGGAAAUGUGUGAUGUGGCCCAUCAGUAUGGGGCUUUGACUUUUGUGGAUGAGGUUCAUGCUGUAGGACUGUAUGGAUCACGGGGUGCUGGAAUUGGGGAGCGUGAUGGAAUCAUGCACAAGAUUGAUAUUGUCUCUGGAACUCUUGGCAAGGCCUUUGGCUGUGUGGGUGGCUACAUAGCCAGCACCCGUGACUUGGUGGAUAUGGUACGCUCUUACGCUGCGGGAUUCAUCUUCACUACUUCAUUGCCCCCUAUGGUGCUGUCUGGGGCUCUAGAGUCUGUGAAGCUGCUCAAAGGAGAGGAAGGCCAAAUCUUGAGGCGAGCCCAUCAGCGAAAUGUCAAGCACAUGCGUCAGCUACUAAUGGACAAGGGCCUUCCUGUCAUCCCUUGUCUCAGCCACAUCAUCCCUAUCCGGGUGGGUGAUGCAGCAUUAAACAGUGAUAUUUGUGAUCUCCUGCUCACCAAGCAUGGCAUUUAUGUGCAAGCCAUCAACUACCCAACUGUCCCCCGGGGUGAAGAGCUACUGCGUCUGGCGCCCUCCCCACACCACAGUCCUCAGAUGAUGGAAGAUUUUGUUGAAAAGCUGCUGAUGGCAUGGGCUGAAGUGGGGCUGCCGCUCCAAGAUGUGUCUGCAACUGCCUGUAAUUUCUGUCGCCGCCCUGUGCACUUCGAGCUCAUGAGUGAGUGGGAACGAUCCUACUUUGGUAAUAUGGGGCCUCAGUAUGUCACCACCUAUGCCUGAGAAAUCAGCUGUCGGGGAUCCUCACCCACCUACAUUUCACAUGGGGUUGGGCCUCUCUGCUUCACUAUGCCUUUGACUAACCUGAACCUGAAAAUAAAGAGCAAACUGCAGCAUA